AUGGAAAACCCAGUCGUGUUUUUUGACAUCAACAUCGAUGACCAACCGUUGGGGAGGGUCAAAAUCGAGCUUUAUGCUGAUCAAUUGCCAAGAACAUCAGAGAAUUUCCGUCAGUUCUGCACAGGUGAGUACAGAGAGCUCGGUGUGCCGAUAGGAUACAAAGGAUGUGGCUUCCACCGAGUCAUCAAGGGAUUUAUGAUCCAAGGAGGAGACUUUGUCAGAGGGAACGGGUUGGGAACCAAAACCAUUUACGGCAAGGAAUCAUUUGCAGACGAGGCUUUCACGUAUGAUCUACUAACAUUAUUAGAUAAGAAAUACAGUGUGUCAAUGGCCAACUCUGGGCCAAACUCCAACGGAUGCCAGUUCUUUAUCUGCUGUAAAGACACACCACAUCUCGAUGGAAAACAUGUUGUGUUUGGACAAGUAAUUGAAGGUUUUGAAAUUGUGGACAAGAUCGAGAACAUCAACGUGGAUGCCAAUGACAAACCGAAACAGAACGUAGUUAUCGCCGAGUGUGGCGAGAUGUAA